AACACAUUCUGUACAGGAGCUGGUUGCUGGAGAAGCCGAGCACCAUGAAGUGGCUCAUCCUGGCCCUGGUUUGCGUCCAGCUCUCGGCGGAGGGGAUAGUGAGAAUCCCUCUGAAAAAAGGCAAGUCGGCGCGACAGAUCAUGAAGGAGAAGGGGACGUUGGAUCUGUUUUUGAAGCACCACAAAGUUGAUCCAGGCAGGAAGUAUCACUCCAGUGAAUACAAUGUUGCUCAUGAAACGAUCACCAAUUACUUGGACACCUACUACUUCGGAGAGAUCAGCAUCGGGACUCCGCCGCAGACCUUCCGCGUCCUCUUCGACAGCGGUUCUUCCAACCUGUGGGUGCCGUCUACCUACUGCCAGACAGUGGCCUGUUCCAGUCAUGCAAAGUUUGACCCGAGCCAGUCAUCCACCUUUUCCAGCAAUGGACAGACUUACGCUUUCGAUUAUGGCAGUGGUGACUUGACCGUGGUGAUGGGUUAUGACACAGUGAGAGUCCAGAACAUUGUGAUCACAGACCAGGAGCUUGGUCUGAGCACGAGCGAGCCCACCGAGCCCUUCUACUACUGUAAUUUUGAUGGGAUUCUUGGCAUGGCCUAUCCGGCCCUGGCUGAAGGCAAUGGACUCACAGUUUUGCAAAGCAUGAUGCAGCAGGGCCAGCUGACUGACCCCCUCUUCAGUUUCUAUUUCUCACGCCAACCAACCUAUAGUUAUGGUGGGGAGCUCAUCCUCGGAGGCAUUGACACUCAGCUCUUCACUGGGCAGAUUACAUGGACGCCCGUGACCCGGGAGCUCUACUGGCAGAUCGGCAUUGAUGAGUUCACUAUUGGGCAGAGUGCUACUGGCUGGUGCAGUGAAGGCUGCCAGGCCAUUGUGGACACCGGGACCUUCCAACUCACUGUCCCACAGCAGUUCUUUGGAGACUUCUUGGAAGCCGUGGGUGCCCAGGAGAGCCCCGACAACUAUGUGGUUGACUGCAACAGCGUCCAGAGCUUGCCCACCAUCACCUUCGUCAUCAAUGGAGUGCAGUUCCCGCUGCCGCCUUGGGCCUAUGUCUCCUACGUAUACGGCUAUUGCAAUCUUGAGAUUGAGCCCACUUACCUGCCUUCCCCGAAUGGGCAACCGCUGUGGACCCUGGGUGAUGUUUUCCUCAAGGAAUAUUAUUCUGUCUUUGAUAUGGGUAACAAUAGCGUUGGCUUUGCCCCAUCAGCCUAGAGAAACCAGGCAUCUCCCAAGUUGGAUGGACGCAGCUCCUUCCCUGGCUCGAUGAAAUGCAAUUUGCUCCUGGGUACUGAUGGAAUCCUAUUAAAUGUGUAUCAGUAGUUCCUAUCCUACUUACUGUGUUGUACGAACAGAUCCUAUCCUUCUUACUGUACCUGAGAUAUGCAGCCUGAGCAUCCCUCCUGGCUGGGUAUUGUAAUCGGUGCUUUUCAAAUCAGCUGUUGCAAAUAAACUGCAAUGA